UUCCCCCUCCUCCUUAGUAAUAAGUUGGCGACGCCUCCGCAGGUAUAUUCAAUAACUCAAUAUAUUUUUCUCAGCUUAACGUCGGCCUACCUCAACAGCACCUUCCCCAAAGAAUUUAUGUUUGGAGUUGCGACUGCUGCUUAUCAAAUCGAAGGAGCCUGGAAUGAAUCUGGAAAGGGGGAGAGUAUCUGGGAUCGAUACGUUCACGAAAAUGCAUCGAGAAUUGUUGGAGAAGCCAAUGGCGAUAUCGCCUGUGACUCGUACCACAAAUUCAAAGAAGAUGUCGCUCUUGUUGCUGAAAUGGGACUCACUACCUAUCGAUUUUCGAUAUCAUGGUCGCGAAUUUUUCCUACCGGCUUCAAGGACUCAAAAAAUGAAGAUGGGAUCAAGUACUAUCAGGAUUUGAUUUCAGAGGUAGAAAAACACAAUUUGACACCAAUCGUGACACUAUAUCAUUGGGAUCUUCCCCAACCUAUUCAAGACUUAGGAGGAUGGACCAAUACUUCAACUGUCGACUUAUUUGUGGAAUAUGCGAGAGUGGUAUUCGAAAGCUUCAAAACUGUUAAAUACUGGAUCACCAUCAAUGAACCCAAGCAGGUCUGCAGAAGUGGUUACGGCAAAGGAAACAUGGCACCAGGAAUUAAACAAAGUGGAACAUCUGACUAUAAAUGUGCCUACGUUGUGCUCAAAGCUCAUGCAGCUGCCUACCAUCUCUAUAAAACAGAAUUCAAAAAGUCGAAAGGGUUGGUGUCUUUGGCUCUUGACACCCCUUGGUCAGAACCUGCUACCAAUAAUAUCGCUGAUGUGGAUGCGGUAGAAAGAAGCAUGAUGUUUGAU